AUUUGUUUGCAGACUGAUUGAAAUAAGACAGCAUAAUAACAACACACCAAGUUCAGAAUUAACCAGUGUUUUCUAGAACAUACAGAGUACUUCAAUGGGCUGAUUCCUACCUCCUGCCAGCUUGACCGGGAUCUGCACCUUGGCACAUUGACGUCAUCGAUAUCCCACCCAUUCGAUCAUUUGCCUGGUGAAAUUUCCUCUUCACUCGGCCAUUGACAUCCUGGUCUCUGCCAAUCCCUCCAUUGCCCCUGUUUAACUUUCUCUUUGCCUUGCGGGACUUUUGUCCAAGACUGACCAACCUGACUGGUCAACCAACCCUCACAAAUUGGAUCGACAACCCUCUCAGCUAGAACAGAGACGUUGCACAAAGUCAGUUCGCAGCAUGGCCAGCCAUGAACCUCUGCAUGGAGGCUGUCUCUGCGGUCGCAAUCAAUACCACAUUCACAUCCCCAACAAUGUGGCUGAACACGCAGAGAUCUACUUUGACAGCGGUCGGGAUAAUCGACGAAUCCACGGAACUCCACUUACAGCAUGGCUCCGAGUCCCUCUAUCCUGGUACCAGUCUCACACCCAAUCGUUCUUUCCGGACGAAACGCACGGAACCAUCCGACGCAUCUUCUCGCCUCAUCAUGCCCCGCAUACGCAGCGCGUCUUCUGCGGCUUCUGCGGCAGCCCCCUUACAUACUGGAGCGAAGAACCCCGCGAAGACGCCGAGUACAUGUCCGUGACGAUUGGUAGUCUCGACGCUGACGAUCAACGCAUGCUGGAGGAUCUGGACCUUCUUCCUGGGUCGGAAUCUUCCUCGGAGGAACAAGAAGACGACGAGGAAAAUGAUGAGGAGGAGGAUGAGGAAGAGAAGGGUGUAAUUGAUGCUUCGGCACCGCGCGCUACUUCUACGGUUGUCGUGCCUCCUUCGCGAGGGGAAGGAAACAUCUCGCGGGCUUAUCGCCAAGGCACGGUAGGUGGGAUUCCGUGGUUUGAGGAAAUGAUCGAGGGAAGUCGACUGGGACGGGUGAUGAAAGGAAGACGAGGCAUGGGGGUCAGUGAUGAUAAUUCGACGACGAUAGAGUGGGAGGUUAGUGAGUGGACAAAUGAUGAUACUGGCUUGGCUCAGGCUGGGUCGACUAGAUCAUCUGGGAAGAGGAAGCGCGGACAUACUAAUGUGGAGGAGAUCGAACAGCCUAGCAAACGAACUGAAUCCCCCUGAUACUUGAGUAGACGCCCUGGGCGUGGAAAUUGCUGAUAGCUAGUUGAUGCAUAAUGACAUACUUGAAUGCCUU